AUGGCAGCUGCCGAGGCACACGCCGCCGCCCGGGCCAAAGCCAACGCUCUCUUGGACCACGGCGAGUACAUGUUUGUACCAGAACACAUAGCACACAACUACGCUUUAGUAACCUUUGACUGUAAAGUGGGGAAGAAGACCGAGAAGGUCAGUGUAGCCAUGGGGAGUGACGGUGUCAGCUGGCACGGUCCGUGUGUGAGCAAGAAGGAAGCCUACGAGUAUGUGGCCUUGUUGGCGCUUAAGCGGACGUUUGCGGAUUUGCCACAGCUUCAUAUGACCAUGCACAAGAUCUUCCAGGACCUUUGGCGGCUGUGGGAUGCCCUGGGGGAACGGAAGAUACGACAGGCAAUCAAGCAGGAGGCAGAGCGAAGGGACACGCAUGUGAGAGAUAUCAUGGAGAAG